CACUCCCACACGCAGGCAUCAAAUUAAAUUGUCUACGCCGCAGUUUAAGUCACCACGUACUAGAGCUAGCGCCUCGUCUUCUGCGAGCUGUCGCAUAGAGGCAUAGACAUCUGAACAGCUAUAUUUUACGACUUUCACAAGAAAUUAGAUAAACGAAUGUGGAAUUGACAAUGGGCGCAGCUUGCCCGAAUUCUCCAAGUGUCAGUAUGGCUCGGCCGAGGCCGCUGUGCAGUGCAUUCUUGGCGCUUGUGUUAACUUUGGCAUGCGUUCACGCAUCAUUUCAAGAUGACUUUGACAUUGUGUGGGGGAUAUCACAUGGUGUCUGGGGCUCAGGGCGCAGCCGCAUCGGCCGGCGCCUUUUGACACGCGACCUGAGCAUGGACGAAAUUUUCCGGUACUGGCAGAAGAUGUACGGCAAGUGGCCGACAGAUGUGUACGAAACACACUUGACUGACUACCGGAACCAUGUAGCGAGGUCCGGGCGGGAGUUUGGCAUCCCUCGCAACGACCAGGAGUUCCUUGACCUGUACUAUUACCUGCGCAACCGCACCGAGGUGCCGCGUGCCGUUGGCUGGACACCUGAGCGUGAGCGCUGCGCUCCGGGUUGCUACCUGCAUGGCACAUGCAACCAGGAGCUGGGCAGAUGUGACUGUCCACGCGGCCGACAGGGCCCAGACUGUUCAGAGCCGCUGGCCACGUCAUGUCGGGAAUUCUGCCAGCAUGACGGGCAGUGCCACCGCGUGAUUCGCGAGUGGUGCAUCAACGAGUGCAAUGACCGCGGGUCUUGUGUCGGCGGCUUCUGUCACUGCUGGCCUGGCUACUUUGGCACGGACUGCUCGCUAAGUGUGGAUUAUGAGGGCAAGGAGCCCAACAGCAACGGGCCCAACACCACCGUGCUGCUGGCAGGGCAGGGAUACAGGCCAAAUCCGCGCGGCCCCAAGAUCUACGUGUAUGAAUUUCCCCCACAAUACCACGUAUGGAGCCUUCUGUGGCUGGAUCGGCCGCUAAACAUCAUCCUGUGGGAGCGGCUCAUGAGCCUGGGCCUGCGCACGGUGAACCCUGAGGAGGCUGACUACUUCUUUCUGCCCGGGUGUGGCCGUGGCUGCAACAAGUGGGACCAGAAAUUCAAAUACAUCAUGGAGCACUACGCCAAGUACUGGAACCGCCGGAACGGCCGUGAUCACCUCAUGACACACGCUGGUGACUGGGGCCGGUGUGAGAAGGCUUGGGGACCGGAUAGCGCGCCCUUCAUCGCCAACCUGACUAUGCUCAACCACUGGGGCAUCACGGUGGACCGGAGUCAGGAGACAGAGCACGACCUGUUCAACGCCUGCCACAUCCCCGACCAGGACAUCCAAGUACCGGUGCUAUGCGGUGACUUGUAUCCACAAUUUGAACACAAUGUAUGGCACCCUAAGCGGCGAGCGCACCCAGUGAACAAGACUGUGCUAGCAUCAGUUGCGGGUUCAAUAUGCGGUUGGAAUAGUGCUGAGGAGCCACCCUGUAAGAACAAGUACUACUCUUUUGGCGUGCGUGCGGCGUUGUGGACAACGCUGCGUGACAAGCCUGGCUUCCACAUCGCCAAACGCGUGCCUGUGCUGGGCCAGUCCAUGGCGGAGAGCGAGUUUUGCUUCGCGCCAACUGGCGCUGGUCAUGGCAAGCGCCAAGUCGUGUCGGUGACCCUCGGCUGUAUGCCUGUCAUCAUUAGUGAUCACGUGGCACAGCCUUUUGAGCCGUUCCUGGACUGGAAUGACUUUGGCGUAUGGAUUGCGGAGGCUGACCUGCCGGAUGUAGAAGCCAUCCUGCGAGGCUUCACGCCACAGCAAAAGGCUGCCAAGAUGAAGAAACUGUACUGCGCCGCCCGGCAUGUCGCGUACACAACCGUCUUUGGAGGCCUAUUUGAUGGCGACACGGGCGAGUAUGACGCAAUUGCAACAAUAUUUAAUAUUCUGCGGGUGCGCUUGCGGCACCCUGGAGUGCCAGACCACGAGCUAAUGAAGAUGGACCAGGACUUUGCGGAUUUCAUGGCAUGCAAGCCUGGCAGCCCACGCGCCAGUGGCUUGGUGGCUGGUGCCGCAGCGCCCCCAGCCCCGCCGCUGCCCAACGCAGCUUCCAAUGCGCGCUACAAGGACAGCAUAGAUGCCAAAGCAUUUCCUCAUCGCACUGUCACCACCGCCGCAUGGAUAAAGGCUGUUGCCGGCACAGGUGCAGCGACUACACAGCAGGUCCAGCCUAGCACUGACACUGCAGCCAUGAUCCCGGGGCCACUGUGCGCGUUCAACGGUCACUGGGUGGCAUAUGCCAGCUUUGACACCCCAGGCAACCCGUCCGCUGAGCUGGGCAAUGCGCAUCGAGCACAAGGGCAGUGCAUGCCCAAGAAUGCCAACCGCCCAGGCAACUUUCCACCAGGUGGAUCCAUCACCUGCCCACCAAUAGGGCCGAUCACUGAGUGCGCUGUACUGGUGUAGGUAUUGUCUGUUUCAGUACAGCGACCACCGUGGGGAUAAGGCUGCAAAAUUGCUAGCCAUUGAUUUGUUUUUUUUGUAUUCGAAGAUGAGACAAAACUUUUGGCUUUGGCAGAGUUUGAGAGCUAGAGCAUGGAAGGGCAAGAAGGCUGUGUCAAUGGGGGAUAGUGUGUACAGCGAAACAUGUCUAUGACCAUUCAAAUGAUAUUGGGUAUGCAUAAGGCGGGGAAAACGUUGUAGCACGCCCAGGGCGCGGCGCAUACACUGCAUAUAGGUGCCACUCGUGCCACUCAGGGUCAGAUCGUUUGUCGAUCGCCCGAGGGGGGUUCCCGGCUUUUUGCAAGUUAGUAUGACUACUGGGGUCGACGGUAUUGGUGGUAUCUGUAAGUAACUCCAACG